CUUCUGCUGCAGGAGGCCGCCGAUAUCUCCUCUCUGAAACCCCAGCUUGAUGAGUUAGGGGUCCCUCUGUAUGGAGUCGUCAAAGAAGAUAUCAAUAAUGAAUUAAAGAGCUUUCAACCUUUUUUCAAAGGCGAGAUUUUUCUAGAUGAAGAGAAACGCUUCUAUGGACCAAACAAACGCACCAUGGGACUCCUUGGCCUUUUCCGUCUGGGUGUUUGGAGGAAUUUUUUGCGAGCCUGGCAAAAGGGAUUCAGCGGGAAUACAGACGGAGAAGGAUUCAUCCUCGGAGGAGUAUUUGUUUUAGGAGCUGGAGAUCAGGGAGUCCUCCUGGAGCACCGUGAGAAGGAGUUUGGUGACGCUGUUGAUAUCCGCUCUGUCCUUGAAGCAGCCAGGAAGAUCAGGCCUCUGAGAGUCACUGAAAAAUAGACUGCCAGAAACUGAGAAAUCAAAAAGAAAUGGCACAGUGAAACUCCUGUUCAGUAUCAAGUAAUCACUGCACAGCGCUGGAUCCCCAACCACUGCUCCACUGAUCCCUCUCCCUCUCCCUCUUCCCCCACAUCCAAACUGUACUCCUGACUCCCUAGAAUCCCACCCCCCAGCCCCACCCAAAUCCUGUCCCCUACAUGAACCCUGCCACUCUGCACUCAAAUCCUGCCUUUCUCUCCCUGAACCACACCUCUCUGCUCCCCCACCCCACCCCACCCCAGAACGCUGCCUCUCUACCCCUGAACCAUAUCUCUCUGCCCCCAAACCUACCUCACUAGCCCCUAGAACUCUACCCUGUCUGUCUUGGGGCUGCUCUGUGUCGCUGACCUGCACUGUAUUAAUGAGGGUCUGAUCCUAAAGCUAUUGGCUCGUGGCCUGAUAUUUACAGAGUUGGUCAGGAGUGAGAUUCUGACAUGGAAUUGAAAUGGAAACUGUUUGUAACCUGAACCUAAUCACAAUAAAAGAAUACAAGACAAUGAAA